GUCGUAAAGAGCGGCAGAUGGCGGCGGUGCCGGAGCCGCCGAUUGAAGGGGCGACUCCCGCAGCCACCGCGGCCCCAGCCCCGGCUCCCGUGCCCGUCCCCUCCCCGGCGCCCGUUCCCGCUGCAUCCCCCGCACCCUCGCCGUCGCCCAGCCCGUCGCCGACGCUGGCGGUGAAGGCAGAGGCGGCGGAGAGCCCAGGGGCCGGGGCCGGGGCUGGGACUGGAGCUGGGCCUGGCGGGGGCCCGGGGGUUGGAGCCGGGACCGGGACUGGGACCGGAGCUGGUGCUGGAGCCGGAGCCGCCCCCGCCCCCGCCCCCGCCGCCCCCGGGACCGAGCUGAGCGAACGCCACACGCUGCUCGCCGUGCUGCAGUUCCUGAAGAAGAACCGCUUCCGUGAGGCGGAGGAGACGCUGCGGCGGGAGGCGAGCGUGCAGGAGGGGCCGGACGAGGCUCUGCGGGCGGCCGGGCCCCGCGGAUCCGACUCCGUGCACCAGCCCGACGUCAGCUCGGUGCUGUCGGCCUACAGCAACCAGGGGGACCCCACCCUGUACGAGGAGUACUACUGCGGCCUCAAGGCCUUCAUCGAGGCGGCGCUGGACGCGCUCAAGGCCGAGCUGGCCAGCCUGCUCUAUCCGGUCUUCGUGCACCUCUACCUGGAGCUGGUGUACAACGAGCACGAACGGGAGGCCCGCCUCUUCUUCCAUAGGUACCAUGGAGAUCAGGAAGGCUACUACCAUGAUGACCUGCGGGUGCUGGCCGGCCUGUCCAAGAAGGAGCACAUGCAGGGCAACGAGACAGUGCUGGACUUCCGCACCAGCAAGUUUGUGCUGCGCAUCUCGCGGGACUCUUACCAGUGCCUGAAGCGACACUUGCAGGAGCAGCACAACAACCAGAUCUGGAACAUUGUGCAGGAGCACCUCUUCAUCGAUGUCUUCGACGGCAUGCCCAGGAGCAAGCAGCAGAUCGAGUUGACCUCCGGAGGGAUGGCCGGCGAAGCCAAGAGGGAGGCAAACAAAACCAAGGUGUUCUUUGGGCUGCUGAAGGAGCCUGAGAUUGAACUGCCUCUGGAUGACGAAGAUGAGGAAGGAGAGAAUGAGGAGGGCAAACCAAAGAAGAAGAAGCCGAAGAAGGACAGUCUGGGGGCCAAGAGCAAGAAGCAGGACCCUAAUGCUCCUCAAGUGAACAGAAUUCCACUUCCCGAGCUGAAGGACUCUGACAAGUUGGACAAGAUCAUGAUAAUGAAGGAAGCCACGAAGAGGGUGAAGCUCGGUCCCGACUGCCUGCCUUCCAUCUGCUUUUACACCUUCCUCAACGCCUAUCAGGGUCUCACUGCGGUCGAUUUCACCGACGAUUCCAGUCUGAUCGCGGGCGGGUUCGCCGAUUCCACCGUGAGGGUGUGGAGCGCCACGCCGAAGAAGCUGCGGAGCGUCAAAGGGGCUACGGAUCUCAGUUUAAUCGACAAGGAAUCUGAGGACGUGCUGGAGAGAAUAAUGGAUGAGAAGUCUGCCUGCGAGUUUAAAAUGUUACUGGGACAUGGUGGCCCCGUGUACGGCACCAGCUUUAGUCCCGACAGGAACUACCUUCUGUCCAGCUCGGAAGACGGGACGGUGAGGCUGUGGAGUCUGCAAACCUUCACCUGCCUGGUGGGUUACAAGGGACAUAACUACCCGGUGUGGGACACCCAGUUCUCUCCAUACGGCUACUACUUCAUUUCAGGGGGCCACGAUCGAGUGGCACGGCUCUGGGUGACAGACCACUACCAGCCUCUGCGAAUCUUCUCUGGUCAUCUCUCUGAUGUCACCUGCACCAGAUUUCACCCCAACUCCAACUAUGUGGCGACUGGAUCUGCAGACAGGACCAUCCGGCUCUGGGACGUUCUGAACGGCAACUGCGUGCGAAUCCUGACUGGACACAAGGGGCCGAUCCACUCGCUGGCGUUUUCUCCCAGUGGCAGGUACCUGGCGUCAGGCGCCACGGACGGACGGGUGCUGCUGUGGGACAUCGGGCACGGGCUGCUGGUGGGGGAGCUGAACGGCCACACGGACACCGUCUACUCUCUCAGGUUCAGUCGGGACGGCGAGAUACUAGCCUCAGGCUCCAUGGAUCACACGGUGAAGAUGUGGGAUACGAUCAAGGCCUUUGAGGAUCUGGAGACGGACGAUUUUAGCACUGCCACCGGCCACAUCAACCUGGCCGACAACUCACAGGAGCUGCUGCUGGGCUCCUACAUGACCAAGUCCACGCCAGUCAUCGGCCUGCACUUCACCCGCCGCAACCUGUUGUUGGCUGCCGGGGCCUACAAUCCCCAGUGAUGGGCCGCUCACAGCACUGACACCCUUGCCCAGGGCCAUACAACCCGCAGUGACCGAUCCCUCCUGUGACCACUCCCCUCCUCAUCGCUGGCCCAGGGCCGUACUACUUGUAGUGACUCUCCCUCGCUGUCACUAGCUGGUCCAGGGGUGUACAACCCACUGAUGCCCCUUCAACCCCCCCCUCCCCCCUGCAGGAGUGUGUGACCGGCCCUGCUCCAUGCUAGCGUGACCUCCUGACUGCCACAGAUUACAGAUCAAGGAUAAAAACCUGCCUUUACCCAUCCUUGUUCCCCCAACCCCCACGUGGUUCUCAGAACGAACAAAGGAUGCAGCUAUUUCCACGGUAUCCGUGGCAUUCCCUUACGUACCCAGCCCGCACCAAGGUGACCAGCCUCAUCUAGCCUCAGCCCCUCCCACACCGAGGUGAUCAGCCUUCUCUUGCCUUUCCCUCCCACGCCGAGGUGAUCAGCCUCCGCCACAUUCGCGACACGUUGCCGCACAGAUAUCUUGAAAGAAUGUGAAUGAGAAAUUUGUCCCUCAUUGUGUUUUUUUCUAAAAGUUUUGAUGAAAUUUACAAUAAAACACUGAAAUACA